ACUCACAAAAGUAACGGCCGCAAUAUCUUCAAGCAUGAAAUAAUUUAUUUAUUUUAUUUCUUUUUUACUUUUCACGCACUUCUUAGUAGUAACAAAAUGGAAAAAACAAAGAAGACACAAGUCAGAACCCGCUUCAAUAAACUGUCAUUAAAGAAAAACAAGACGAAGCUUGAGAAUAAACCCAACCGAAGUUCUGAUGUAUUUAUUCUAGACGACUCCUUUGAUAGAUUAAAGCUGGACUUCCCUCGUAUACAAUCUACACCUAAACUUGAAUCGCCAAUAGUUAUAAAUGACUCGGACGAAUUUGAAUGUGACUUACCAAAAGAGGUGAAACAACCCAGCAAAGCUGGUAAUGUUUCCUUUAACCGCUCCAACGAAUCUCCUCUACGAGAGAAUUUAAAAUUAAGACCCAGUAUAGGAGGGUGGUCUCCGGCCCAACAAAUACUAUGUGCCACGCCGAGAACCGAACCUGUACCCUCAACGCCCAAAGACAAAGCCAACGAGUCGCUAGAAAUGUGCUCCAUAAAGAAAAUACAUCAGUCCCAAAAGAAAUUACUUGACGACAUUUACGGAGAAGUAUGGAAGUCCAUACCGACUUUAUUUAAAACUGUAUCACAUAAAAAUGACAUCAAUGGAAUCUCAAAGAAACUAAACUUUAACGAUGAUGAUGAUGACAGUGAUAAGGAAAAUAUUCAUGUAAGAAUAAAAAAGACCAAAGAACUAUAUUUGACAGAUUCCGAUAGAAAACAUAUAACUAAAGUUGCAGAAGGAGAGAAAUCAUCAAAGAAGAAAUUAUUUACAGAAAAAAAUGCCACACCACAGCCGACUGUCAAAAAGACUGAGAAGCCGGCUGUCAAGAGAAAUGUUAACUCGACUGUCAAGAAGAAACUACCGCCUGGUAAAUCAGUGACAGAAUUAGUGAAGUAUUUAGAAGAAGACGAGGACAGUUUAGUGAAGCGGUUUGAUAAUGUUGCUGUUACUCCGGACAACGUUAAGAGACUGACUUUUAUGGGAUCUUUGGCAGAUUUCAACGUCCCGUCGUGGCGGUGUCAUCCCGAAGCGUUUCAAUAUCGGGACAACUACAAGAAUCUUCGUGAGCAACUCACGCGCAGGUUAUUCGAGGAAUUCAACAGGGUGGUUUUCAACAACGCCCUCGACAAUGACCUGCCGAUCGUGUGGGACAGCAAACUUAGAAGUACCGCUGGUACAACAACAAACCGCCUAGUCAAAACAUCGCGAGGCGACCGAACCCGCACUUCCUCAAUAAAACUAUCAGUUAAAGUACUGGACACUCCACAACGGGUCCGAGACACUCUUAUACACGAGCUGUGCCACGCUGCGACAUGGCUGGUGGACUCGGAACUCAGGGCUGGACACGGACCGCUGUGGAAGAAAUGGGCGUCCCGCGCUAUUAAAGCCAUCCCCGAGUUGGGCGACAUCUCGCGCUGUCACGACAUGGAGAUACACUUCAAAUACACAUACAAGUGCACCAAGUGCGGCUAUAGCAUCCAACGCCACUCCAAAUCCAUAGACAUAACCAAGAAAUGCUGCGGCUACUGCCGCGGAACAUUCGAGAUCAUAGUCAACAAGAAGACGAAAGACGGCCAUGUUGUGUCCACACCGGCGCGCAAGGGCGGCGCGAACGAAUUCGCGAUGUACGUGAAAGAGAACUAUGGGACGAUGAAGGAAGGGAAAACCCAUGCGCAAGUUAUGAAAAUCUUGGGAGAACAGUUUUCGGCUAAGAAGAAACCUAAGGAAGCUACUUAACCCCUCAAUCUCCAUUGAUCCAAAAUUCUCAGGCAAAAAUCGACCUAGAAGUUGGAAGUUUAGACAUCUCUAAACUUUAAACUGCCUUUGUUGACCCGAUAUUGCAGAGGAGCGAGUGAUAAGCUGUUUGUAUAAUUUUUGAUUUCCAAGAUACCUCCUUAAAAAAAUUACAGUUCCAUUGCCCAAUCUACUAGACAAUAUGCUACCAAAACCAACCAGAUUUUGUAGUAGAUUGGGGAAUCGGAAUGGCCUUUUUUUCGUUUUAUACCCCGUUUUUUUAUGAUUAGAAUUUUUCUAUCCUCAAAAGUAGUGAUAAUUAAUUUUUUCUUCCGAAAUGCUAGGGUACCUAUGAUAUCUAAUAUUGCGGUGCCAAUAUAUUUAUGUAAACGACACCAUAAUUUAGUGCCAUAGUUACACAGAUGUAAUUUUGGAGGUUAUACAAUUAAUUUCUACUACUACUUCACGUCGGGGCCGUAAGAGCUUGCUCUCUUCUAUAAGAUUUCUAACUGAAAAAAACGAGGUAUAUAUUUACUUUAGUUUCCAUGUCAAAGAGCUACUUUUUGUACAGAUUUCGACAUUAUUACCUAUACUGUAGUCAAAUGGGGUAAAUGGGGACAGUUGGAGUAACAAUGGACAAAGGAAAUAUUCCGUAAUUAUAUAAACGUGGUUGACAGGAGUGUACUUUUUACAAUCUUUGAAUCAUGAUUUAUCAGACAAUUUUUCAACUAGCUAACAUUUAUUAAUUUGAACAUACCUACUCAAAAAACGUGGUCUUUAUUUACCCCAUCUGUCCCAGUUACCCGAUUUGACGGUAUUGACUUGUAUAAUAUAUUUUGCAACUUAUCUCGUGUGUUUUGAGAUAUUAACACUUUCUAUAAGGUAAGUAUACAUUAGUUUGUUUAAUGUAUUUUUGUAAGACAGUUCUCCGGAAGACUGAAUUUAGAUAUUUGUACAUAACUUGAUUAUAUUAAUUAAAAUAUAAUUGCAAUUUCGAAUAAUUGUGUGAAUUUUACACCUGAUGUAUUUUUUUUCGGCGGUACGUAAAUAAUACAAAAUAAAGAACAGAUAUAUCCGGGUUAUUGCCACUAGUUACCACUAACUUGGGAAUUAUUUUUCUCAGAUGUUACAACUGGUAACAACUUGGUGGUAACUAGUGGGAAUAAUUGGCUUAUCCUUUACAAUCUUUACAAGUACGCCUUACGACUGUUACCUAGGUACCAAUUGGCGUUGAAAAUAUUUAAUAAUAUUUGUGUUACGUACGCUUGUUAAUUUAGAAAAGUGAUUUUAUAAUAAAAUUUACACGAGUUUUACUGUUAUAAAUGUGAUUAUGUUUAGUAUAACAAA